AUGGCGGACGACAAGAGCCGCAAGCAGGCUACAUUGGGGUAUGUGCGCGACUCUCAAAUGAACAUCGGGAGAUUUUUUGGCGGAAAUGCCGGCGGCAAUCAAGCACCGAAGAAGCAAACGACGCUAUCAUUUGGAGGACCGAAGCCCAAGAAUGCUUCUCGGGCUGAAGAUGAGAACCGCGAAUCUCCUCUUGAGUCUAACGAAGUCGACUCGAACGCCACUCUCAAACGCGAAAAGGAUGAGGAACUACAUGACAGCGAUUCAUCUGAUGCACAGCCAAUCUCGAAACGGCAGCGCAAAACCAUCAAAUCACGUUCCUCGUCUGCAGAGCAGAAGUCAUCCUCUCCGCCAAAGUCAGCGAAAAAGUCACCCACUAAAGACGCUGCACCCACCUCUCCAAGUCCACUCAAGCCUGAAGUCGUGUCGCCGACACCCUUGAUUCGAAAGGCCUCUGGCGAAGAGACCCCGGAAGCAGAUCUUGAUUCUGACGCCAGUGAUGAAUCUAUAUCAGGAAGCGAAGUGGAGGAAGAAUCCAAACCUUUAGUCAAAAAGACCAUGGCGAAAGUGCAGGCCACUUUGAAGGCCACUGGCAAGGAUCCAUAUCCCGAUUGGAAGGCCGGAGAUCCGGUACCCUAUGCUGCUCUGUGUAAAACAUUUUCGCUGGUUGAAAUGACGACGAAAAGAUUGAUCAUCCUAGCACACUGUUCUCUCUUCCUGCAACAGGUGCUGCGGCUGACCCCGAGUGACCUACUGCCUACGGUUCAGCUCAUGAUCAACAAGCUUGCCGCUGACUAUGCAGGUAUUGAGCUGGGUAUCGGAGAGUCAUUGAUCAUGAAAGCUAUCGGUGAAAGUACCGGCCGAAGCUUGCAGGUGAUCAAGGCAGAUCAGCACGAGAUUGGCGAUCUGGGUUUGGUCGCCGCCAAGAGCCGUGGCAAUCAGCCCACCAUGUUCAAGCCGAAACCAUUGACGGUCAGGGGCGUCCACGAAGGACUGCUCUCAAUCGCUAAGGUACAAGGCCACGGGUCGCAGGAUAAAAAGAUUUCCGGAAUCAAGAAAUUACUGUCUGCUGCUGACUCUGCAACGUCUGGUAAAGGCAGCAAGGCUGUGGAUAUUACCAAAGAAAAAGGUGGCCCUAGUGAGGCCAAAUUCAUUGUCCGUUUUCUUGAAGGUAAGCUUAGACUUGGCCUCGCAGAGCGGACGGUUCUCGUGGCUUUGGCCCAAGCUAUCGUCACGCACGAGGCCGCGGUUGCUGGCGAAAAACCGCCCACCCCAGAACGGCUAGCGGAGGGAGAAGCUGUCCUCAAGUCUGUCUACAGCGAAUUGCCAUCCUAUGAAGUCAUUGUACCGGCUAUGUUGCAGCAUGGUCUCUUCAAUCUCCCCAAGGUUUGCAAGCUUCAGCCUGGUGUACCUCUGAAGCCCAUGCUCGCCAAACCGACCAAGUCCAUCACCGAAGUUCUUGACCGAUUUGAAGGAAAGGAAUUCACCUGCGAGUACAAGUACGAUGGCGAACGAGCGCAAAUUCACUUUGUGGCGCCCGAUCACGUCCACAAGUACCCCGGAUCUGCGAUCACAUUACAAAAGGAUCAAAAAGGCCUGAGUGUGAUAUUCUCGCGAAACUCUGAGGAUCUCUCGAAAAAAUAUCCCGACGUGCUUGGCAAGCUCGACAGGUGGGUCAAGGAGGAUGUCAAGAGCUUUGUCUUGGACUGCGAGACGGUUGCUUGGGAUACAGUCAGCAAGAAAGUCCUUCCAUUCCAACAACUUAUGACCCGCAAACGCAAGGACGUGAAAGCCGAAGACGUCAAGGUCAAAGUCUGUGUCUUUGCCUUUGAUUUGCUCUUCUUCAACGGAGAGCCCUGUGUCAAGAAGUCACUUCGUGAGCGUCGGGAGAUACUGCAUCAGUCGUUUCAACCUGUCGAGGGUGAAUUCCAAUUUGCGCAAUUUGGUAACACGAACGUCAUUGAUGAGAUCCAGGACCUUCUCGAUGAGAGUGUCAAGGCCUCAUGCGAAGGGUUGAUGGUCAAGAUGCUGGAUACCUCAGAAAGUGGUUACGAACCUAGCAAGCGCAGUCGUAACUGGCUCAAGGUCAAGAAGGAUUACCUGGCUGGUGUCGGCGACUCACUUGAUCUCGUCGUUCUUGGAGCUUACUACGGACGUGGAAAACGAACCUCCGUCUAUGGUGCUUUCCUUCUCGCUGCCUACAACCCCAACACCGACACCUACGAGACGAUCUGCAACAUCGGCACGGGAUUUUCUGAAGCUCGUCUGGAGGAGCUUCACAAGGAGCUAACUCCCUUGGUCAUUGAUCGGCCUAAACCCUUCUAUUCCCACUCGACCGUUCCCAAGGACCAGCCCGACGUCUGGUUUGAGCCUCGUCUUGUCUGGGAAGUCAAGACCGCCGAUUUGACUCUCAGCCCUCGGUACAAAGCUGCAGCCGACGAAUUUGAGGGGACCGGUGGUGGUGGUAAGGGUAUCUCUCUCCGUUUUCCCCGCUUCAUCAAAUCCCGCGAGGAUAAGAAGCCGGAGCAGGCGACCACCACGCGUGCGGUAGCCGAGAUGUACCGCAAGCAAGAAGCGGUGGCGCAAGAAUCAGCGGGCAAGCGCGGCGUGGACGAUGAUUUUGAAUACUAA